UUGACAGAGUCAUGCACAGUUAAUCUAAGUGCUACACAUUUUUUGAAAAUUGAGUCAGCUGACAUCAGCCAUGUGCAAGAUGAUUUGCAGAAAUUUUGGGACUUGGAAACCUUAGGCAUAAGGGACACUGAAACUUCAGUUCAUGACAAGUUUUCAAAUGAGAUAAGAUUCACUGGUGAAAGAUACCAAGUCAAGCUACCAUUCAAGGAUAAUCACCUCACGCUGUCAGAUAAUUAUACAAAUGCAUCACGAAGGUUGGCAACUGUGAUUUAGAAGCUUAAGACCCAACCAGAAAUACUGGAACAAUAUGAUCAAGUGAUUAAGGAGCAAUUAGAAAGUGGAGUAGUUGAAGAAGUGCGGCAAGAUCAAGUCCUAGAACCUGGAAAUGUGCACUAUCUCCCACACAGGGGAGUUGUGAGACUUGACAGAGAUACAACGUAA